AUUCUUCUUCGCACUCAAGCCCAUGCUUGUUGUCAGUGAUCUGACAUAGUGAAAGAAAUACUCGUCAAGGACUUCAACAAUUUUGCGGACAGAUUCUUUACUGUUAAUAUCCGCCCGCCGAUAGUAAGCAAGGGACUAUUUUUCACCGGAGGUUCAACGUGGAAGCGUCUUCGGAGGCUGAUGACACCUACAUUCACUGGCGGCAAGUUGAAGAAUAUGAGUCACUUUGUGGACCGAUGUGCUAAUAUCCUGAAGGACAAUCUCCAGGACAAAACGUGUCACAAAGAAGUCAUUGACAUCAAAGAUGUCUUUGGCGCCUUCACCAUGGACGUCAUCACGGGGACGGCAUUCGGACUGGAGACCAACUCCCAGACACAACCUGCCGAGCCCUUCGUCCAGAGUUGUAAGAACAUGUUCUACAAAUUGUCAGGAAACAGAAGCAGAUGGCUCACAAUCGCAGGACUGUUCCCGUUCUUGAGUCCACUCAUAAUGGCACUGGGCAAAGGCUUCUUCACGGGAGAAGAGUCUGACUUUCUCGUCAACUCCGUGUACAGGAUGGUCGACGAAAGACGACAAGCAAUAGGUGACGAAAAGCGCACAGACUUCCUACAGCUGCUAGUCAAUGCCGAGGACACUGGGUUGGACGUAGGUCAGAAACGUAUGACGAGGGAGGAGGUUGCUGCUCAAGGUGUUAUCAUCCUGAUCGCCGGCUACGAGACAACGGCCACCACCCUGCAGUACCUGACCUACAACCUGGCCAUGAACCAGGACGUUCAGCAGCGAGUAUACGAGGAGAUGAGAGACGAGCUGGGCGAUGAGGACCCCACCUACGACAACGUGGGCAGACUGAAGUACCUGGACAACGUCAUCCACGAGACACUCCGGCUCUUCCCACCUGUGUCAUUGAUCCACAGACGAGUUUUGCAUUCAAGAACCAUCAAAGGGUUGACCAUUCCUGCUGGUGUCGGUGUGUAUAUCCCCAUCUACAGCAUCAUGCACGACCCAGACUACUUCGACGACCCGGAGAAAUUCUGGCCUGAAAGGUUUAGCGAGGCGGAAAGCUCCAAGCUACCCAGCAUCCUCUCGGAGCUGGCCUUUGGCUACGGUCCACGUCAGUGUAUCGGCAUGCGUCUGGCGCUUCUGGAAAUCAAGUUCGCUGCCGUGCGCAUCCUGCGUCACUUCCGGUUUCUUCCGUGUGAAGACACACCGGACAAGAUCGAGUUUGUGACAGCUGGACUCACUGCACCCACGAAACCUAUCAAGCUGAGAACCGAACUCCGUGUGUGACGUCAGGAUACCUCUCUCGUGGAACUGGAACCGUGCCUGGGAUGAACUUUGAGCCUCACACUAUUGAGCUAAUAUUUGUCAAUGAAAACGAUUUCGACUGUAUCCGUGCACAGGUUGUCUUAAAUGUGCUAACCACUAUAAUACAGUAAUAUACUAACAAA